GCAUCACAGCAAGAGAAAGGCAGUAAACGCUGCAACCAGAAGCCUUCCACAAUCAGACCUGGCUACACCGAAGAGCCUACCUUACAGCCCAGGCCGGGUUUUGAGGCCACACAGGAGAAGCUUGCAAAUCUCCCUAAACUUGCCUCAUUUCCAAACCAUGUCUGCGGGUCUCUACUUGGAUGA